UCAGCUGUUCCAGUUUAGUUAUCUGUGCUGAUAUUUUUUCAUUCGUUCAACUUUACAUUUUUUGGUGUUCACUUCACAGAAUAAAAACAACAUUUUUUCACUGCCGAAAAUGCCCGUGGUGAUUGUUUGUUGAGAUAAUAAUACACGUGAAAAAUAGCUUCAAAGUGUGUUAUUGUGUUGGUGCAAUUUAUUUUUAGCGAGUGGUGAAGGUUGUGGGAAAUGCAUAACAAGCUAAUUGUGCCUGUGGCCUUGGGCCUAUCUCUGGUGACAGUGAGCGCGUUUGUUGUUUAUUAUAUAUUUAAAAAAGAAGAAGAGGAAAAAGAAAUAAAAAAUGUGAAGACAGCUAGGCUAAAUGUUAUUGAGGUGGCUGUGCCUAAGUCAAUUGUUGCUGGCUUAAUAGGACGCGGUGGCAGCAACAUUAAGGAGAUUGAAAAGGUUUCGGGCGCCAAAGUGAAUGUAAAGGAGUUUAGCGAUAAGGACCAUGAUAUCUGUGUGAUCAGAGGCCGGGCUGACGCCACGCAAAUUGCUGAAACCCUCGUACACGAAUUCAUCAACCAACAACCUCUGAACAUCGAAGACACUAUGGAUGUACCGUCGUGGGCUUGUGGCAGGAUUAUUGGAUCUCACGGAGAGAAUAUAAACAGCAUUAGCCACCGCAGCGGGGCCCGCAUCAAGAUCUCCUCGAAUGGCGACAAGGCAACGAUACGGAAAGUCAUGUUCUUGGGUACAGAGGAACAGAUAAAAGUUGCUAAGGAACUCAUUGAGAACUGCGUCGCCCAAGAGAAAUGUCGUCGGGAAAUCGAGCAAUCGAAGCGUAGUCCGCGCCAUGUACAAUCGUCAUCAAAAUCACCUUCACCAACGCCCGGUGUGAACUCAAACGAAAACGUCGACGAUGCGUCAGGUGACUCUCAAGUGCAAAGGCAUGUCAAAUAUAAACGGCCUGAGAACAGGGGUGCUCCGAUAGAAGUGUACGUGUCAGCUGUAUCAUCCCCCUCUCGUUUCUGGGUACAAUUCGUGGGACCUCAGGUGACGCAACUAGACUCCCUUGUCGAAGAAAUGACCGAGUAUUACGGUAAAAAGGAGAACAGAGAGAAUCAUGCUCUCGAGCACGUGUCAGUGGGUCAGGUAGUGGCGGCUGUGUUCCGCCACGACGGGCGCUGGUACCGCGCGCGUGUCCACGAUAUACGCGCCAACGAGUUCGAUGCAUCGCAACAGGUUGCUGACGUAUUCUUCUUAGAUUACGGUGACAGCGAGUACGUGGCGACGCACGAACUUUGUGAACUGCGCGCCGACCUGCUGCGGCUUCGGUUCCAGGCGAUGGAGUGUUUCCUAGCGGGCGUGCGACCGAGUCCGUCCAGUUCCGAGGUCCCUAAGGACCGUUGGCACCCGCAAGCCAUCGAGCGCUUUGAAGAACUCACUCAGGUCGCAAGAUGGAAGCCUCUCCUGUCCAAGACGUGCACGUACAAGAAGACUGCCACCGCAGAAGGCGAGAAAGAGAGGGAGAUACCUGGCAUCCAACUCUUCGACAAUACUGAAGAAGGAGAAAUCGACAUCGGUGCCACGUUGAUAGCGGAAGGCUGGGCCGAGGAAGGCCCCGGGGACCGACCCUCGCCCACACCCAACCGACCGCCCUUCGGAGACCUCGGCAACUCACGGGUGUUGGGAAUGCUAGACGGGGGACGCAGCUCCUCUGUGCCCAAGGAUCAUAAGGAUAAUCAUGAAAAUGGAACCACUGAAAACCACGACACAAAAGACGACCGAAUGACCACAUCGAAGUCGCUAGGCUCGGGUCUCGAGACCGGUGACAAGCUGCUUUCAAUAUCAAACUUCGACCUAUCACACCCUGACAACUCUACGGCCAAGACUAACGGAUCCCAUCAGAACUUUUUACAAAUGGAAAAGCAAAAUUUAGAAAAAGAAGGUAACGUAGAAAGAGGUUCGUUGGACACCCUCGUGCCAUCCACACCUAUUCUUUCCAAGUCACCACUCGACGAAUUUAAAGCGAACAUGAACCGAAUAGACUCCCAUCAUAGUAAUUUAGAAUUCUUAGCCAAAGCGCAACAAGAUAAUAAGUAGAUUUUAUUAUAUAAGAUUACAUUUUCUAAAAGUCGCGAUGACUACUCUUUUAUAUUGUGUAGCUUGUAAGAUUCCUACUUCCUAGCCCUUAAAUUACUUAAGGCUUAGACGGUACUGUGACAUUUGACUAUUUCAAAUCAUUUAAGAGACGGAAAGUACUAUGAUUCAUCUUAAUUUUUCAAUUAAACUUGUGAAUACAUUAAGUACAUCGUCAUAAGGUUAGUAGUCGCGACUUUUAACACUACGUAGUGUAUAAAUUGUCCGGAUUUGUGGUAAUUACUGUUGUAUUAAAGUAUAUUUAUGUGUGUAAGUUGUACUGUAUGACCCCACGUGUAAAGAGUCUCUUAAGUUUGUAUUUAAACGC